UGGAGGUGGAGCAGACAGCCGAGAGCCAAGCUCAUCGCUUGGAGUGAGAUAAUGAGCAGCAGCACCGUGGUGUCCGGCGUCUCCACGUCACCCUCUGCAGGCGCUGGUGCUCGCCAUCGCCAUGGCGCAGCGAAGCAGAUGAGGAUAAAGGUAGCGCAGCCACAGCAGCUGCUGCACGGCCGCCGCCGGCAAAGCAGCGGCAGGGGCAGCGCCGUGGUGGCGAGGGCCGGGCCCGGGGCGCUCUCGGAGAUCGAGCCGGACCUGAACGAGGACCCCAUCGACAGGUGGCGCACCCCCGGCAUCAGCCCGGAGGACUUUGAGUUCGGAGUGUACGAUGGACACCACACCUAUCAUGAAGGCCAAGACAAGAAGGGAUUCUGGGAGGAUGUCUCCGAAUGGUACCAAGAAGCUGAGCCUCCUCAGGGCUUUCAAGCACUCAUCUCCUGGGCAUUUCCUCCUGCCAUCAUCCUUGGCAUGACUUUCAAUGUACCGGGCGAGUACCUCUACAUCGGGGCAGGUCUCUGGAUCAUCGUGUUCUGCAUCAUCGAGAUGCAGAAGCCGGACAAGCCGCACAACUUCGAGCCGGAGAUCUACAUGAUGGAGAGGUCGGCUCGCGACAAGCUCAUCGCCGACUACAACUCCAUGGACAUCUGGGACUUCAACGAGAAGUACGGCGAGCUCUGGGACUUCACCGUCAACACCAGGGAAGACAUUGUCAAAUCAAGCUAGAUCGUCAUGUGUGGCACAAGCCAUGAAAGCAAAUCAAGCAUAGCAUAGCUGCUAGGAAAAAAAAGCUCUCGAAUGGAAGGAAUAACAAUGUGUGUAUCUUCAUGACUGAGGUUCUCAGCCAUGUAAAAACAGAGGACCUGAAAAUCUGUUCUAUCUCCUCACAUAAUGCAUCUAUGUCAGGCGUCUCGCAGAACAUGCUCUGCAGAAUAGCGAGCAGCUGUUGCUUCGA